AUGGCAGGACGCAGGUCGACGCUGACGAACGCAGACUCGCUGCCGGGCACAGGUGGUAGUGGUGGCGGUGGCGGUGGCGGUGGUGAUCCGCUUCGUGAACUCUUUGAAGCCUGCAAGACCGGUGAUCUAACCAAGGUAAAGGCACUGGUCACUCCGAAGACAGUAAACGCCCGCGACACCGCAGGCCGCAAGUCUACUCCUCUGCACUUCGCAGCUGGAUAUGGUAGAAAGGAGGUUGUAGAAUUUCUUUUAUCCGCUGGUGCAUCAAUUCAAGCACGUGACGACGGUGGUCUACAUCCACUGCAUAAUGCAUGUUCCUUUGGGCAUUCUGAUGUUGUGAGAUUACUCUUGGAAGCAGGAGCAAGCCCAAAUACGAGGGAUAAUUGGAAUUAUACACCUCUGCAUGAGGCAGCUAUCAAGGGUAAAAUAGACGUAUGUAUUGCUCUGCUACAGCAUGGAGCAGAUGUAAACAUUAGGAAUACAGAAGGAAAAACAGCGUUAGAACUGGCUGAUCCCGCCACUAAGCCAGUUCUAACAGGAGAGUAUAGGAAAGACGAGCUUUUAGAAGCUGCUCGAUCCGGAAAUGAAGAACGACUGUUGCAACUAUUGAAUCCGCUAAAUGUCAAUUGUCACGCUAGUGAUGGCAGAAGAUCUACGCCUUUGCAUCUAGCAGCUGGAUAUAACAGAUCCAGAGUUGUACAGAUCCUUCUUCAAAACGGCGCGGACGUACACGCAAAAGAUAAAGGAGGUCUCGUACCCCUUCACAAUGCCUGCUCGUAUGGUCAUUUCGAAGUGACUGAAGCGCUCUUAAAACACGGUGCCGCCGUCAAUGCCAGCGAUCUUUGGACGUUUACUCCAUUGCAUGAAGCUGCGAGUAAAUCUAGAGCAGAGGUCUGUUCUUUGCUAUUAAGUGAGGGUGCUGAUCCGAUGCAAUUAAACUGCCAUAGUAAAAGCGCCAUCGACGUUGCACCAACGCUCGAAUUACAAGAAAGACUAGCCUACGAAUAUAAAGGCCACUGCCUAUUGGACGCCUGCAGACAGGCAGAUCUUACAAAGUUAAAAAAAUAUCUGUCUCAAGAAGUCGUUAACUUCAAACAUCCUUACACCGGAGACACACCGUUGCAUUGCGCAGUGGCGUCACCUUAUCCGAAAAGGAAGCAAGUUAUCGAGGCUUUGAUUAGAAAGAAUGCUGCCAUGAACGAGAAAAAUAAGGACUUCCUUACGCCGCUUCACGUAGCGACUGAUCAUUCGCAUUACGAUGCGAUGGACAUAUUACUGCGACAUAAUGCAAAAGUCAACGCGUUAGAUGGUUUAGGCCAAACUGCAUUGCACAGGUGCGUUAGAGAGGAUAACGUGCAGGCCUGCAGAAUACUCCUGUUGUACAAUGUCGAUCCUUCGAUAGUGUCACUUCAAGGGUACACCGCGGCUCAGAUCGCCGCUGAAAACGUAUUGAAGAUAUUGCAAGAUCCGCCGAACGGUACUGACGACGUAGAGGCGCAAUUGUUAGAGGCGAGUAAAUCGGGUGAUCUCGCCGCAGUAGAAAGAAUCUUGCAAGCCAAUCCACAUGCCGUGAAUUGCCGCGAUUUGGAUGGAAGGCAUUCAACACCGCUACACUUUGCAGCGGGUUUUAACAGAGUGCCGGUUGUGGAGUAUCUAUUAGCACAUGGCGCAGAUGUACAUGCCAAAGAUAAAGGUGGGUUGGUUCCUCUUCACAAUGCUUGCUCUUAUGGACAUUAUGAAGUUACGGAGUUAUUGGUGAAGCAUGGCGCAUCAGUGAACGUUGCCGAUUUAUGGAAAUUCACACCGCUUCACGAGGCCGCCGCAAAGGGAAAGUACGAAAUAGUUCGGUUGCUCUUGAGACACGGAGCAGAUGCCACGAAGAAGAAUCGAGAUGGCGCAACGCCGUUGGAUUUAGUAAGAGAUGGUGACCAAGACGUAGCGGAUCUGCUGCGCGGAAAUAGCGCCCUUCUCGAUGCAGCAAAGAAAGGAAAUUUAGCUAGAGUCCAGAGAUUAGUUACACAGGAUAACAUUAAUUGCCGCGAUGCGCAAGGGCGCAAUAGUACUCCGUUACAUUUAGCUGCGGGAUACAAUAACCUGGAAGUAGCUGAAUUCUUACUCGAACGCGGAGCGGACGUAAACGCACAAGAUAAAGGCGGUCUUAUCCCUCUGCAUAACGCAUCAAGUUACGGUCAUCUGGACAUUGCAGCCUUGCUCAUUAAAUACAACACUGUAGUGAAUGCGACUGAUAAAUGGGGAUUUACACCGCUUCAUGAAGCCGCGCAGAAAGGUCGAACGCAACUGUGUGCUCUUCUGCUCGCCCAUGGCGCCGAUCCUUUUCUGAAAAAUCAGGAAGGGCAAAGUCCGGUGGACCUAGCUAGUGCGGACGAUGUAAGGUGUUUACUGCAAGAUGCUAUGGCUUCUCAACAAGUCGUCCCAUCGGUACCAUCUGGUAACAUGGUCAGCAGUACCGGCGGCAGUUCUGUCACUAGUAGACCACCUAGUAUCGUAUCCGUUCCAGUCACACCACCACCGCCUCUCACUCAAGAAACAGUCAUCAUGCCAUCCGGCGCAGCUAUGAUCUUGUGUGUACCAUUGGCACGUCCGACGUCGUGUCUAAGUCCAAUGCCACCGAGUGAAUCAUGUUCCGAAAAAGAAUCCAAAGAACUGUGUAAGGAACACAACGGUUCCAUCACCACUGUCGCCGGUUUUUUGCAAAGUCUCGGUCUGGAACACUUGCUCGAAUUGUUCGAACGCGAGCAAAUCACGUUGGAUAUAUUGGCAGAAAUGGGUCACGAAGAUUUGAAACAAGUCGGAGUGUCGGCUUAUGGUUACAGACAUAAGCUGAUCAAAGGCAUGGACAAGCUGUUAAACACGGCGGCGGGCUCUCUUUGGCAACCUUCUAUAAAUCCAGGCACACUGCUGGUGGAUUUAUUAGCUGAAGAUAAAGAGUUUUUGGCCGUUGAAGAGGAGAUGCAAAGUACUAUCAGGCAACACAGAGACAACGGUCAUUCUGGCGGUAUCUUUUCACGAUACAAUAUAGUCAGAAUACAGAAAGUUCAGAACCGCAAAUUAUGGGAGCGUUACGCUCACAGAAGGCAAGAAGUGGCCGAAGAAGUCGGUGCUGCCGCCCCGGCUUCUCCCAGUACAGGGCUUAGAAAUGCUCCUAGCUCGGCAGUACCGCAAGCGAACGAGAGAAUGCUGUUCCAUGGUAGUCCAUUCAUCAAUGCUAUUGUGCAGAAGGGUUUCGACGAACGACACGCAUAUAUCGGUGGAAUGUUCGGCGCUGGUAUAUAUUUCGCGGAACACAGUAGCAAAAGCAAUCAAUAUGUCUAUGGUAUAUGCGGUGGCACUGGAUGUCCCGCACACAAAGAUAGAAGCUGUUACAUUUGUCAUAGGCAUUUGCUACUAUGUAGAGUUACGCUUGGCAAAUCGUUUCUACAAUUCUCGGCGAUGAAAAUGGCACACGCGCCUCCCGGACAUCAUAGCGUGAUGGGCAAACCGUCGCAGGGUGGUUUGGUAUUUCCUGAAUAUGUCGUCUACAGAGGCGAACAAGCGUAUCCCGAAUAUCUCAUCACGUACCAGAUUGCAAGACCACAGCAAGAAACUAACGGCAGUGAAGGUGUCGAGGAACGGUGAUCGGAAGAGCCGGCGGGCCCCGCGGCAAGAUUGCGUAGUCUCUGUUGCUGUCAGAGACCGAGGGCAUGCGGCGCGUUAUCGCGUACGUAGAAUGCGCGCGAGUCGCUUUGAAUUUGAAGUCAUCUAACACUAGUUCUUCCAUUUUUAACAGAAAGAAUAAAACCCGCAGAAAUAACGCGUAGUCAAGAGAUGCGCAUCUAUAGAAUAUUUUAUUCUCCGAGAACCUCGAAAUAUCCUGAGAAUUUUUACUUAAAGAGAAAAGAAACAGCCGCUGUAAUAUUUUCAGCAAUUGUGAUUCUGUAGUGUUCGAAAAAUUAUUCAAUCCAAUCAUCAAACCAUUGUAAAAGCUUAUACAGAAAAUGUACAUUGAUCAUGAUGUAAAUAUCAAUUACAUACGUAGAUUGCAGUGCAUCUCUUACAUCACACUUAUUGUCGAUUAGUGUGUUCGUAGAGUUAGUCAGUAUUCGAGAAAAUCGCAAUGUAUACUCUUGUAGAUUUCUAUAACGAAAAUUAAUUUAUACCAACACACCUUAUGAUGUGUGCCGUUGGAAAGAAUAAAGACGAGAGAAAUAUGUUCGAUCUUAAAAGUACACAGAACUUUUAAAGAUGUAGUGUAAUUUGCUCGACGUCUCAUAUUAUCUACUCUACAAACACACACACACACACACACACACACACACACACACGGGUAAAGUCUGCAAUGUGAUGAAAUACAUAUAUAUGCAUAACACAAAAAAGUUCCUUCUGUUUUUUAUAUGAAAUAUCCAUUAUCUAUAGUUGUUGUAAAAUUUAUUUGCAUUGCGUGGCUUGGGUAUAGAUUUUUAUAUUCAUAGUUUGAUUAUUGAUCCAAAUUGAGAUAAAUCUAUACGCGUAAUAUUAUACUAACAAUUAAAAGCAUUACAAAUAUAUGUAUAAUCAUUGAUGCAUCUUACAUUACGGACUUUACUUGUGAUGCAUAUAAAUUUAUAGUCUUGAUAAUCAAGUAUUGUAAUGUAAAUAAUUUAUGAUCAUCUAUCUUUUAUAUUUCGUAAAUGUAAUCACUGGGGUUCCUGUAAUUCGAUAGUAAUCUCUCAAAUGUUGUACAGUCUUUUUUUACCAAGGUAGUAUAACUAUUUUAUUAACGUCAAUCUGUUUUCGGGAAAAGGAGAAGAUAUUGGAAGAUGUUGCUCGUUUAUAAUUAGUUUUAAAUAUAAGAUUCGCACGAAUGCAUUGUCUGGGCAACACGUCCGGGUAACACGUAACUGCAGGUCAUAUCUAUAUCUAUUAUUUACAACCGCGUGACUAAGCAUACAAAUUAGUUUUAUCUCGCGGCAUAACAAAACGUUUGAAGGAACAUUUUUCUAAGCGAAUUGAAUAGCGGAAUCGUGAAAAUAAACGUCGAUAUAAUAUUCUUUGACCUCAGCGGAAAUACAUUCUUCAAUCAUUGUCAUAAUUUAUUCAACACAAAACAAUCCUGUCGUAAAUAUAAAGAAGGAAAAAGAAUAUUGCGUAAAUAUGCGUAUAUACAGAAGGAAGGAAAAGAGUAUGAUUUCGAAUAACAGAAGAUUAGUGCUAUUUACAAUCGACUGCUGCAGUUAUUUUGCAAAUAACUGUAAUCUUACGUUUAUUGCAAAAGUCAAAAAAUUGAAGGAGUUAAUUUCUCAAAGUGUUACCGAUCACGAUAGCAUGGCGCAACAAAUGGAUAUCCGAUGUUUUUACGCCACUGAGAAAUCUGCUCUAAACUCAAAUGUUACAAAUCGUAUAAAAUGUCUUUGUAUAAGACAAGUAGUAUGCAGUAUGGCCGAAAUGAUACGAAAGUGCAUACGUAUUACCAUUGUGUUCUAAUUGUGUAAGAGAACAAGAGACUUAUAUAAGGAAACAAUGAAUUUUCUUUAAUUGUUAA